AUGACUCCGAGAGCAAUGACAUUUCCUUGUUGGGCGGUCUCGAUGUGCACUCGAUGCAAAUGGACAGAGAAAUCACGGUCAUUCGUUGAUCGUGCAAUCAUGAAACGAACUGCAACAAAGAAUCGUCAGACAUGCAAAACUGCAAAGCCCAUAGCCGAAGCAAUGAUUACUGGUCCUGCACAUUUUUCGGCUUUUGCUGACACGUGGAGAGUUCUUAUUGGAGAAUACAUUGUCAAUACAAAACAAUUUCAAAUUGAUCACAGCAAAUAUCCUUUGGAAAAGCUGUUUGGCAGUAGGAAACGAUCAUAA